CGCCCCCUCAGCGCCCCUCAGCCCCCCUCAGCGCCCCUCAGCCCCCCUGAGCGCCCCUCAGCCCGUCCCGAGCUCCCAGCAACGCGGCUCCUGCGUCCUGCGGGGAGAGGUGCGGCUGACCCCCAGGCCCCAAUCCUGCCAAGACUUCUGUCCGUGAUCACCUCUGUACCUUAGGUUGGCUUCCAGCACCAGAGGAAGGAGAUUACAGGGUUUUGGCUGCAGUACUCAGCAUCAGAACUUCACUUUUCUUCUUCACAACUUGGAGAAAUAUGAAGCCAAUUGGAAAAGUGCUUUGUGUUGCAGUGCUCAUAGCUGGGCUCAUAGAUUUCUUCUGGAAAGACCCUUUUAACCCAGAGAGCUUGUCUGGUGCCCGUGUUCUUCUGACUGGAGCCAGUGCUGGGAUUGGAGAGCAGAUGGCAUAUCAUUAUGCCAGAUUUGGUGCUGAAAUUGUUUUGACUGCCAGGAGGGAAGCUGUGCUGCAGAAGGUGAUGGAGAAAUGUCUGACACUUGGAGCAAAGAAGAUCUUUUAUAUCCCUGCAGAUAUGUCCUCCCCUUCAGAGCCUGAAAAAGUGGUUCAGUUUGCUGUCCAAAAGCUGGGGGGACUGGAUUACCUGGUGCUGAACCACAUCGGCCUCACCCGUUUCCAGAUGUGGGCUGGGGAUGUGGAAUACACCCGCUGGCUCAUGCAGGUGAAUUUCUUCAGUUAUGUGUCACUUGCAACAGCAGCUCUUCCCACCCUGGAGAAGAACACAGGCUCUCUGGUGGUUGUUUCCUCCCUCACAGGGAAAGUACCAACUCCCUUCACCACUUCCUAUUCUGCCACCAAGUUUGCACUGGAUGGAUUCUUCACCUCGCUGCGCCAUGAACUGAUCAUGCAGAAGAGAAAUGUCUCUGUCACCCUCUGCAUCCUGGGCCUGAUUGAUACUGAAACAGCACUGGAGAAUACCAGGGGCAAAGUGUACCUGACAGCUUCUCCUGCAGCUGGAGCUGCCCUUGCCAUCAUCCAGGGCGGUGCCACACGGGCGCAGGAGAUUUUCUACCCGUGGUGGCUGCAGCCCGUUUGCUGCCUCUGGGUUUUGUUCCCCUACAGCCGGAACCAGGUUUUACAGAGCUACUAUAACUACAGCAGUCCUUAAGGGAUGCCCAGCCUCCUCUCCCCUCCUUCUAACCACAUUCCCAUAUCCCACUAAGAAUCCCAUUCAGCUCUUGCUGUUAAGCAGAGCUGGGCAGUGGUGGCAAAGCUCUUCAUAAGACUCUUCCUGGCCAUCCUUUUUUCCUGCUUCAGCCACUUCAUUCUCCCCAUCAGAGAUUCUUCCCACUGUUCACACUGGUUUAGCCCUCCACCUCUCUCCCCUCCUUCACCUCUCUGCCUCCAGUCCAGCUUUAACCCCUCUGUACAGGAUGUCCUGGAAUGUCUGUCCAUUCCUGUGGCAUCCUGCUCCACUUUUUCACUGGUUUUUGGGAUUCUGUGAACCUUCUU